AUGGCGCCGUGUAUUGUGUUUAUCGACGAGAUCGAUGCGCUUCGGGCACGCUCCAACAACCUCAUGGGAAUGGCCGGCGGCAAUCAGGAGGCUGAGUCUACGUUGAACCAGCUACUGACAUGUAUGGACGGCUUGGCCACUCGCGAGCCCGGCCGUCCGGUUGUCGUCAUUGCGGCCACCAACAGACCCGAGGUUCUGGAUGAAGCACUACUCCGCCCAGGACGCUUCGAUCGAGUCGUUCAGGUGCCGCUUCCGAAUGCCGCCGGACGAUUGGAGAUUCUGAAAGUCCACCUUCGGCUGCGUUCGGUGCCUGUGGCCCCGGAGGUUACCGCAGAACAGCUGAGCGAGAUCGCCGAAAGGUGUGAUGGCUUCCCAGGUGCUGCUUUGGAAGCCAUCGUGAACGAGGCCGCUAUCCGUGCUGCUCGUCGGAACUCAUCGACGGUCAGCAUGAUCGAUUUUGAAGCGGCUGUGUCUGAGUUCAACCAAUCUCGAGAGAAGACGAGGCAAGAUUUCCCGUGGAAGCUGUAG